UGCACUUUUAAAGUUGAGAGCCGCGCUCCAUCUGACGUGGAGUGAUGGAAGUAGCGGCGAAUUGCUCUUUGCGCGUGAAGCGGCCUCUGCUGGACCCGCGCUUCGAGGGCUACAAACUCUCCCUGGAGCCUCUGCCCUGUUACCAGCUGGAGCUGGACUCAGCUGUGGCAGAAGUAAAGCUCAGAGAUGAUCAGUAUACAUUGGACCACAUGCGUGCCUUUGGCAUGUUUAAUUACCUUCAUUGUGAUGCAUGGAAUCAAGAUAAUAUCUACUUCGUUGAUCAGCUUGGAAGAAUUAUGAACUUAUCAGUCACAUUGGACACUGCCUUAGGAAAACCAAGAGAGGUUUUCAGACUUCCCACAAAUUUAACAGCUUAUGACAACCGUCUUUGUGCAUCUCUUCACUUUACAUCUUCUACCUGGGUUACACUGUCAGAUGGAACAGGAAGAUUAUAUCUUAUUGGAACUGGAGAACGUGGAAAUGGUACUUCUGAAAAAUGGGAGAUUGUGUUUAAUGAAGAUCUUGGAGAACCAUUUGUUAUACUUCACAGUAUUUCCAUUAUUAAAUCUGGAGACCAUUCAAUAACUACCUUACUUCUUCGAGUUGAGAAAGAAGAAUUAGAUCGUAAAGGAAGUGGCUUCUAUGUUUCUUUAGAAUGGGUUACUAUCAGUAAGAUAAAUAAAGAGAUUCAAAAGUAUGAAAUUACUGAACGUAAAGUACUCCAUGGUAAAUCAGUUCCACAUUAUGCUGCUAUUGAGCCUGACGGCAAUGGUCUAAUGAUUGCCUCCUGCAAAUCCUUCAGAUUUGUUCAUGAUGAAAAGCAAAGUGAAGAAAAUAAAGAAGAUAAUCUGACAGAUAACAAUAAAGCAGAACCUUUGUAUUACUGGCAGCAGACUGAAGAAGAUUUGACAAUAAUAAUACAGCUUUCAGAAAACAUUUCUAAAGAGGACAUUGAAGUACGGUUUUCCCCUGAUCAUAUCAGUAUUGCCUUAAAAAAGCAACCAUGUUUGGAAGGAAAACUCUAUUCUUCUGUUGAUCAUGAAAGUAGUACUUGGAUAAUUAAAGAAAAUAAAAGUCUGGAGGUGUCUUUGAUUAAGAAGGAUGAAGGACUAACAUGGCCAGAGCUAGUAUUAGGUGAUGACCGAGGAGAAUUCUUAAGAGAUUCAGCCCAGUGUGCUGCCAUAGCUGAACGUUUGAUGCAUCUGACUUCUGAAGAACUGAAUCCAGAUCCAGAUAAGGAAAAACCACCAUGUAAUGCUCAAGAAUUAGAAGAGUGUGAUACUUUCUUUGAAGAGAGCUCUACUUUAUGCAGAUUUGAUGGCAAUACUUUGAAGACCACUCAUGUGGUGAAUCUUGGAAGCAAUCAAUAUCUUUUUUCAGUCUUAGUGGACCCCAAAGAAAUGCCUUGUUUCUGUUUGCGUCAUGACGUAGAUGCCCUACUUUGGCAACCACACUCUAGCCAGCAAGAUGAAAUGUGGGAGCACAUUGCAACUUUCAAUGCUUUAGGCUAUGUCCAAGCAUCAAAGAGAGACAAGAAGUUUUUUGCUUGUGCUCCCAAUUACUCCUAUGCUGCCCUUUGUGAGUGCCUGCGUCGAGUGUUCAUCUAUCGCCAACCCACAGCCAUGUCCACUGUGCUGUAUAACAGAAAGGAAGGAAGACAAGUUGGACAGGUUGCUAAGCAGCAGGUAGCCAGCCUAGAAACCAACGAUCCUAUUUUGGGGUUUCAAGCUACAAAUGAGAGAUUAUUUGUCCUUACUACAAAAAACCUCUUUUUAAUAAAGGUAAAUACAGAAAAUUAAUGCCAACAUGCUGGCUUCUCUGUACUUGAGAAAAGUUGAGAAUAUCUAGAAGGCUAAAAAAAAAAAAAAAAAAAGCUAGACUGAGUGCUAUUGAUUUUAAUGUAAAAAAAAUUGUACUGUAUGAAGUUUUAUUUUUUAAAAGGUUGUUUUCACUGUACAUAUUCAGUAGAUUUUUAAUUCUCUGAAAAUUGUGUGAACUGUUUCGGUUUCAGUGUAAGUUACAGACUUAAGGGAAAUGACCUUUGUAGAAAAUACAAGAAUGUGAACUAUAUGUAUGUAUAUGUGUAUGUGUGUGUGUGUGUGUGUAUAUAUACACACA